CAAUCAGAGCGCCCAGAGCCUCCGGCGAAUGAAGCUCGAGUGGAGAACUUUGUUGAACUUCAUUGUCAGAGCUGUCACUUUUCAAAGCGCUUUAACGGGCGGGCCACUAUAAAACCAUCACCUCGACGGGAAGACCACGGAGGACUCGCAGACGCCCAAGUGGGAUCGUUACUUGAAGACGCUAGCUAAGCCCAAGAGAGAGGGCACAGUGGGGGCGGGAGGGGCGGGAAGCCAGGCAUUUACCCUCUGGCCACUGGAAGAAGGUUUUUUUUCCGCCCCGCCCCGCGCCUAACAUGAUGUUCCCCGGCCUCCUCGCGCCCCCCGCCGGGUACCCCAGCCUCUUGCGCCCCACGCCCACCUUAACGCUGCCCCAGUCCCUGCAGUCGGCAUUUUCCGGCCACUCGAGCUUUCUGGUGGAGGAUCUGAUCCGAAUCAGCCGACCCCCCGCCUAUCUGCCCCGCAGCGUGCCCACGGCCAGCAUGUCGCCCCCUAGGCAGGGGGCCCCUGCGGCUCUCACGGACUCCGGGGCCUCGGACCUAGGCUCCCCCGGUCCAGGCAGCCGGCGGGGCGGCGCAUCGCAGACCGCUGUCUCCCCUGCCAGCGAGCCCACGUUUCUGAAGUUUGGAGUGAACGCCAUCCUCUCCUCGGCGCCCAGAACCGAAACGUCCCCUGCCUUGCUCCAGAGUGUCCCUCCUAAGACCUUCGCCUUUCCCUACUUUGAAGGCUCCUUCCAGCCUUUCAUCAGAUCAUCUUAUUUCCCAGCGUCCUCCAGCGUCGUGCCCAUCCCGGGGACCUUCUCCUGGCCCCUGGCCGCCCGCGGCAAGCCUCGCAGGGGCAUGCUGCGUCGAGCCGUGUUCUCCGACGUUCAGCGCAAGGCGCUGGAGAAGAUGUUCCAGAAGCAGAAGUACAUCAGCAAGCCCGACCGCAAGAAGCUGGCGGCCAAGUUGGGCUUGAAAGACUCACAGGUGAAAAUCUGGUUCCAGAACCGACGCAUGAAGUGGCGGAACUCCAAAGAGCGAGAGCUCUUGUCUAGCGGGGGCUGCCGCGAGCAGACCCUUCCCACUAAACUCAAUCCGCACCCCGACCUCAGCGACGUGGGCCAGAAAGGUCCCGGGGACGACGAAGAGGACGACGAGGGCCGGGGCAGCCCCCGCCACCGCCUGGUCUAUCAUGCGUCCCCAGACCCUCGGCACCUGCGGGUCGAACGGCUCGAAGGGCCGCUGCCCCCCUCGCCCGCGCACUCUGGCAGCCCAGACAAACCUUCGGACUUCUCAGACUCGGAGGAGGAUGAGGAGGGCGAGGAGGAGGAGAUCACCGUAUCUUAGAAGCGAGCCCGCGCCCAGAGUGCUGAUUAUAUAAGUGCUUUGAAAUUGAAGAGGUGGGAUUCAGUGCCUGUUCACUUGGUCCUUGCUGCCCAGACGCUGCCCCACUCCCCGCCGUGGAAUUGUCACCUCGUUGAGGGCACUCCACCCCUUCCAUUGUCCCAAAUGACAGUCCCCACACCAUCUCCCAACAGCCCUCUUCACAAAAGUUAAAUUUAGGCCUUGGUCCCAGCCUUAACUUUUCCAGGAGGGUUCCUGUCGGCCUGGUUUAUUGCAAGCUAUUUUAAAUACAGUGGGAUGGUCACUUCCACACCUGGGUUUAGCUGUGAGCCAGGCCCUGCUGGUCUUCAGCAGCAACAGCCCUAUAAGAAACCCUUUAUGAGGUAGGAAACCAAGAUAGGAGUCACAGCAUCAAGCAUAUAACUUCGAGACCUCUAACUUUGUAGAUCCCUCCACUUCCCCAUCUUAGACAGCAAGGGCCUUCUACCCACUCCAGACUCUGGUAGCCCCAUCUUCCCAUAACAGUGCCCUUAGAAACCCCAAGAA